GACCACUCCACCUCAGAAUAUAUUUACAUUAAUUCGUUCUUCAAAAUGGUUUCUCAAUUGUUUACUGAAAAAGCUGAAGCUGUUAAAACUUUACCAAAAACUCCAGAUAACGAUGAACUAUUAGAAUUAUAUGGUUUGUACAAACAAGCUACUAUUGGUGACAAUAAGACUGAUAAGCCUAAUGCAUUUAAUUUCAAAGCCAAAUACAAAUGGGAAGCUUGGAAAGAUUUAGAAGGUACCUCUCAAGAAGAAGCAGAAGAGUUGUAUAUUAAGUUGGUUGAUAAAUUAAUCGCUAAAUAUACUUCAUAAUCGAGUAUUUUGAGAGAAUGUUCUAAAUACAUCAAAUUAUAGUUAUAAUUAUUUUAUAUAUAACUAACUAACUAACUAACUAUCU